AUGGUUGAGAGUAGGCGAAUGACCCUUGCUCUGCAGUGUAUGGGACUUGUGCUCGAUGUUAUCAUCGUCGUCCUCCUCUGGCGUUUGCUAGCUUGGUCACGAACCGCUAAGCUUCGUUUGCGAACUCUGGGGACAGUUUUGACACUCUCGUCGCUGUCGAUGAGUCUUGUGUGGGUUGGGAGCCGAAUCUUCAGAGGCUCAUCUGUGUUACAUGCUGGAUUUGGCUUCUUGUAUGGGUUUGAUAUCAUUGUUGAUAGUGUCGCAUUCGCGGCCCUCAUGAUAUCGGCCACUUUCUGGGUAUGCGAAACAUCGCCGCUCACACCAGCCAGUAUUAUUACGUUUCUUGUGGGAACGGCGAAGGCGUGCCAGAAUAUAUUCCACUAUGGGGACUACCUUCACCCCAAGCGGCUUCCUGAGAUCAUGCCGCUUUACUUGAUUGCGUUUGGAAUGAUUGUCUUUACCUACACCCAUGGUAUUCGCUCAGUCGUGUUCAUCCGGCGCUUCUUCCUCCUGGCUCUUCUAGUUGGUCUUGCCAUGGGAACUACCGUGUUUAUCAUCAAAACAAAACCACAGACAUUUGUGCGCCACCCUAUCAAUGACUUCAUCUACAGGGCCAACAUCAGACAGGGUCGCUGGAUGCAGGAGGCAACAACAAGUAACAGUCUUCCCAUCGCCCACAAGAUCUACAAGGAGCGUCACGAUGACCGUGACCCUCCUCCAGCCUUUACAGACUGGUACGAACUUGCAAAACAUACUGUUGUAAUUGAUCGGUUUGAUCAGAUUGACCGAGACUUGGCUCCGUUCAAAUCUAUUUCUCCACGAAAGCUGCGUCAACGCACCUCCUUGGUAUCUCAAAUUCCUGGUGUUCAUGUUAUUGGAAUUAAAAACGGCAACGCAUCAAGACUCCCUGAAGUCAGCGGGCAUGAUGCAGAGUUGCUAGAUAGCUUGGUGGCUUCCAUAAAUAAGUUUUCAAAGUUUCUGCCUGACAUGCUCGUCCCCGUCAACCUGAGCCCUUCUCCACGAGUCAUCCCAUCGUGGGAUACUGCCAAUGGGCAGAGUAGGGCGGAUUUGACUCCUAUAGUCAACCUCAUCUCAAAGAGGUCGGUUGAACGAAAUGGCCCUGAUGACAGUGAGGGAGCGAAACCUGCGGAGACCCCUGUUCCCAAGCCAUUGCCCGCAUUGCCCAAAUCUCCCCAGAUGGAUCAGAAAUCCAUGGUAUCUCCAGCCAACUAUCGCCAAAUGCAAGUCGAAGGAUGCCCUCCACGUUCAAGAACCCGAACCAGCCCUCACUGGAAUAUCGGCGAGUUUUGUGCUGACUGCGUGCGACGACAUUCGAAGGCGCAGGUAAUGGUCAAUUGGGAGAGGUCCCUAGAGUACUGUUCUCAGCCUGAUCUCAAGUAUCUUCAUGGGAUGUCCCUCUCAAGCCCUCACGCAGAGCCCAUUAGGGACCUGCUGCCCCUCUUUGGACCAUACAAGUCAGAGCCCUUCCAGGACAUCUUAAUUCCCCUGCCACAGCCUGAGGACGACAAAACUGACAUCAGCUGGAACUUCAAUCGCCGGUACGAUUCUAUGUUUUGGCGAGGUCAAACCGGCGAUGGAUAUAUUUCGGACCAAGCUUUGCGAGGCAAUCAUAAGUUUCGACUCCUUCACAUGAUGGGUAACAGGAACCCAGGAGACAAGGUCUCGGUGAUUCUCCCAUCGGCCAAGGAUCCGUCUACUUACUGGCAUGAGAAAGUCCCUAUUGCAGAAGCGAACCUGGUCGCACCUACAAGCAUCGGGAUGAACGACUACACAGGCUGCAAAGGCCCUAACUGCGAAAUCCUCCGCCAAACAUAUCCCAUUGUCGAAGAAUCCAAGGAUCAAGAGCCUCUUGAAUACCGUUACGUUCUUCUCUUGGAUCAGGAUAAUGGACCCUCGCCAGACCUCCUUCGCGUGCUCCGCUCAAAGAGUGUACCUCUCAUCUCCACCCUCUUUCGGACGUGGUAUAGCGAUCGCCUGAUCCCGUGGCUACACUUUGUGCCCAUUGACACGCGUUAUCAGGGUCUGCACACCACUUUGAUGUACUUUACUGGGACGCACAAGAAAGCGUACAUUAACGGUCGCGACACCGACAUGAAAGGGCAGACAAAGGAUGCAGCAUGGAUCGGUCAGCAAGGUGCCAAAUGGGCAAAGGAAGCCCUAGGCGAAAAGGACAGGGAGGUGUAUCUCUUCAGGCUGAUGCUCGAAUGGGCGAGAUUGGUAGAUGAUAAGCGUGAUGAUAUUGGGACCUUCAAAGAUGACAAGGGCGAGUUUCAAAGCUCGCCUUGGACAAAAGACCAGAACUGGCAACUGUAA